AUAUGGAUGAGAAUAGUACACGAUAAAGUGGGCCAUCGUACUCUAUAUAAACUGCCACUUCUUCAGCCAACCAUUAAUUUGUAUCCACUGGUGUUUUUACAAUCCUUCAGAUUCAACACCCCUCCUCCCCUCACUUCAUCUCCACCAACCCAUUGCCUCUCCCUUGCAGCAAAACGCACGUACAUUCAUUAUCUAACCGCAUAAAAUGAAGUUCUCUCUCUGCAUUUUCACCUUAAUUGCCCUCUGCUUCUUUGCUGCCACCACCAAUGCAUUGCCUCAGUAUUCUUCUGAUGUUGUCCUUGGACGUCGUGACAUUGAGAAACUGAUUCCUGAGCUUGAAAAGAGAAAUGGUAAAUCAUCCCACAAGUGGACCAAGAAACAAAUCCCUACUCUUGCUGCCGACAUCAUGGUUCAAAUCAAGGCGAAGGUUAAGGCAAACAUUGCACUUGCUCAAAAGACUGUUGUCAAAGGACUUGAUGUCAAGAUCCAAGCUCAGCUUGAAGCCCAGCUGGAUGCCCAAGUUUACGCACAAAUUGAGGUUGCUUUGACCAAGGCUCUCGGCAGCUCCUGCGAUGAGGCCAAACUUCUCAAGGCUUUGUUAGAAAUUGAUGCCAAACUUGCUGCUCUCCUCAAAGUCAAGCUUCCCAAAAUCGCUGCCAAUAUCGCCGCUGACGUCAAGGCUGCUAUAGACGUUGGUAUUAAGCACGCCAAAGUCAAAAUCCCUCUUUUGCUCGAAGUCGACAUUUCCCUGAACGUCGAUGUUGCAGUUACUCUCAAAGCUUGCGUAAAGGCUGUCAUUUCUGCUUGCGCUGACAUUUCCGCCAAGGUUUGGGCCCAAGCCAUUGUCAAUGCGGUAGUGUAGUCAGGAACAUAGAGCCUAAAAGUACUCCACCUUUGUCCUGAUAAAUCAUCCUUCCCAACCUACUCAAUCCUACUUCACUCCAAUCCAUUACACCACCAUCCAAUUCCUCUUGUAUUUUUUUUUUGACUGUGCUCACUACGCUUCCACUCGCUUUAUCCCUCCAUCCCUUUUUCCCAGAAAUUUUAAUGUCUCUGCGAUUCACGUAUUAGUAAAUUACAGCUACACUUACUUUUUAAACACUGGCUACUAUGUGGGAAUUUGUUGGCGAGAUUUUAUGAACAAAUACUGGAUAUUAGAUUCAUUCAGUACACUGAUCAUCCAACGGCAGAAAAAAAAAUGCUGAAAGAACAUCCAACAUACUAAAUCAAUUACCCGAACAAAUUUCCUGCAUGCUGAAA